AACAGAAAACAGAGUAAAAAAAGCCCGCAGUUCAACACGUAAACUCUCUUCUCCUUCUCUCAAAUUCUGAGUCUUUUUGGGAAAGUUUCAUCGCCAUGGAUGACAAACUAGAUAAAUUUGAGGAUACCCAAAUGACGACGACGACGAUGACCCAGCUGCAGACCCCUCUUUCGUCCAUCGCCAAGGCGUUUGAGGGGCUCUCCGAGUUCCUGAGAUGCCGGCGUAAGGACCAAGAGCUCCGAUUGGACACCUUCUGUGACGCUUGUUCUUUGGUCUCCGUUCUCUUCAGCUGCCUCGGCCUCGCUUUCAAAUUCGCCGAGCUGGAGUACGUCGCCAAGGUGCGUGAUCUCGUGGAAGCAUCUCAGGGAUUGAAAACGUUGCAAAAUAUACUUGAUCAUGAUACUGCAAAUGACACAGUUAAAACACCAGGAAGCCAUUCACGGAAUCUGCGUCGAGUUCGACAGGGUCUUGACCUUAUCAGGGCUUUAUUUGAAGAAUUUUUGUCAAACUAUGAACAUUCUUUAAAGGAUGCAGCUUCGACAGCUUAUGCACAAGUUUGUGCACCAUACCACUCUUGGGCUGUCAGAACUGCAGUUUAUGCUGGAAUGUGUACUCUCCCAACUAGGGAUCAACUUUUGCUAAGGCUCAAUGAAACUGAUCAUUCAGCAGAGAAGAAAAUGAGAAGAUAUAUCAAUGCUUCAGGCCCGGUUAUAGACUACAUUGACAAGCUUUAUGUCUCUAGAAAUAUCAGCUUGGACUGGUGACUUUUAUCUGCUUUAGGGAAUGCCAGAAAAACGCACGGAUCUCUUACUUUUACUCGAGCUGCAGCCGCAGCUGCGUUGUCUGUUAAACGUCCUAUGGCCAAAGAUUUUUGAUACCUCUUACACCCUACAGCAGCAACCAGUGCUAAAAUUCCUUUCUUUAUCAGUUUGUCUUGCCCUCUGUAACCAAGUAGUCAUAGUUAAUCAGAUUUUUGGGUUGCCGCCAACCAUUUGUGAGGAUAGGUAGGAGUAACGAGUAUCAUUCACACGUUAGCAUAGAGACUUCAGGUGAUUUGUACAUAAUCAUUUCACGACUGUUAAUUUGAUUUGUUAUAACAUGCUAUUCUUCUGUUA